AUGACGGAAUUAAGGGAACCAAUACCAUUUCAUGAUUUUAUAACUGAAGUGGAAACAUCCCCUGCAUUUAGUAACAUCCUUCGGAAUUCCGAAUUAAUAUUAGAUGAUAAUGAUGGAGAUUUAGGCAUACAUCAAAUUUUCGAAAUAAAUAUAAAAGAUGAUGAUAAUGAAAAUAUAACAAUUGAAAUGAAUGAAAAACCUAAUAAAAAUGGCGCAAAACCAAACGAUGACAAAGCUCUUUCAGACAAAAUUCAUAAUCAAAAUAUCAAUCAAGAAAUAAUCAAUUAUGUUUAUGAAAAUUUGCUACCACAAGAAGCAAACAAUCAAACCUCAUCCAAUAAUUUUGACAUAAAUGACAAAGUUCUAAGCAAAUUAACCACAACUCCAAAAAACGAACAAUUAAAUGGUAACGGUGAACGAAAACCUUCUUCUAACACAACACUGGGAGAAAUUCAUGAAAGAAAUUGUACUAUAAUAAAAAAAGACGAAAACAAACUUUCAUUACAAAACCCCGUUUUAGUUGAAGGGAAAUGCUUCAUAUCAAAUGAUAGCAUUUAUUUUGUUUCAGCGUUCAGUCAAAUAUUAAAAAAUUCAUCGGUUGUUAGAAUAAAAUGUGAAUCAAUCCUAUCAACUAAAAAAGCACAAAAAUUUAAUAUAAUUCCUAAAUCCCUUAAAAUAAAACAAGAAGAAACACAAUCAUUUGCGUUUACAAUAUUAUUAGAUAAAGACAAUACAUAUGAUUCGAUAUCCAACAUCAUACAACAUCCAAUAAAUUCAAAACAAAAACUAGAAAUAAAUCCUAUACCACACAAUAAAAAACAAAAUAACAACCUAGAUUUAGAUCACAUAAAACCUUCUCCCGUAUUCUCGGAAAAUCUUUUAAUUACAAAAGAUAUUAAUAAUAUGAUAUCUAUGAAUAUAUAUCCCGAAGAAAUUCAAUUAUUAAAAGAAAAAGAAUUUUAUACUGAUUUAAAAUAUCUAACUAGUCUAUAUAUAAAUAAAGAUUUUAAAGAUCUCUAUUAUAACGUAUUUUCGAAAGCUCAUUCAAACAAUCCAUUAUAUCAAUUUUCUUCCCAAAUGGACCCACAAGGUAUUGAUUAUGACCAAUUUAAUCAAUUACCUGAUACUAUACAAACUCCAUCUGUAUAUUCAUUUAAUUUAAAAUAUAAUGCAUCAUUGGAAACAAUUAAACAAAAACUAUAUACAUCAUUUAUGUUACCUUCAAGAAUAGAUGUUGAUCAAACUAUUAAAUUAUUUUUUUUUCAUAAUUGUAUAAUUUUACAAACACAAAUUAAAUUUUUAACUAAAAUUCCAUUUCUUAACUCUGCUCGCUCCAUCAUAACAGUUAUUAUACACAAUAUUCCUAGUGAAAAUGAUAUCGGAAAAAAUAAUACACAGAUAGACGUCUUGUAUGCCGUAUAUUUUUUUAAACACAAAUACUUCGAAAACAAGAUAAUAACUUCCCUUUUACCAUUAAUAGAAUCGAUGGUUUUAGAGUUUAAGGUAUACAUAAAUGAAUGUAUACGGGACAUAUAUAAGGACAAGGCCUUCCGUGAAACACCUAUCCAAAUUACCAAUAUAAACAAUAUUUUUAGAACCACCACUACUACCAAUAACAGUACCACCAAUAACAGUACUACCGAUAACAGUACUACCAAUAACAGUACUACCAGUAACAGUACUACCAGUAACAGUACUACCAAUAACAGUACUACCAGUAACAGUACUACCAGUAACAGUACUACCAAUAACAGCACUACCAGUAACAGUACUACCAAUAACAGCACUACCAAUAACAGCACUACCAGUAACAGUACUACCAAUAACAGUACUACCAGUAACAGUACUACCAAUAACAGUACUACCAAUAACAGUACUACCAAUAACAGUACUACCAAUAACAGUACUACCAAUAACAGUACUACCAAUAACAGUACUACCAAUAACAGUACUACCAAUAACAGUAGUUGCAUUACAAAUAAUCAAAAAUACAAACACCCUGAUGCUAAAAAUAAGACACUGGCUGGAUUCAAAAAUCAAAUAACAAAUCCCCAAAAUAAUAAAAUAGUCAUAAAAACGAAACACUUUGAAAAUAUACUACCCGAUUACAUAAACAAAGAAAUCCAUAUCAAUCCCACAUUGACGCCUUCCAACAAAACCCCAAAAUUUCUCCUAACCUCCAUAACAAUAUUGAUGUACAUUUAUAUGAACUUUAUUCAAAAUCUAAGAAAUUAA